AGGAGCUGUGGUUGCCGGUUGAGGAGCUGUGGUUGCCGGUUCAACAUCUAACAUGUUUCCUCCUGUGUGUUCAGAAGAUGGAGGAGGACGACGGUGUGAUCCAGUCUGAUGACACAGACACUAACUGCUCUCUGGUCGUCAACGGCAACACUUCCUGCUCCACAGCCAACAGCAAAGCGAGCUCAGACUCCACCUGUUCCUGGUUGGACGACAGGUGUAAUGGCCACGCCCCCGGACGGUUCUCCAGCCCCACCUCCGGCCUAUCGGGCUUCUCCAGCUCUGUGAUGUCAGCGACGUCUGAAUCAGCACUUUCUACUCAGUCAGGAUACUCGAGUGGACGAGAUGUGUUCAGUGCCACAGACUUCGUCCUCAGUCCUCUGGAUCCUCAGAAUGGAAACAAGCUCAGAGUGAAGAUCGCUGAUUUAGGAAAUGCAUGCUGGGUGGUGAGACAUCUUCAUCACUCUUCCUCUGUAGAGUCAGUAUGAACCAAUCAGACGUCUCCUCUUCUGAGGGUGCUUCUCAAGUCUCUUAAUUGCAUCCCCGUUUCCCUGACUUGGGUCCUUUCCUUGCGUCUUAGUCCCUCCCA